GUGUCGCCAACAGCGCCAGAGAGACAUACAGCAGCAGACUGCGAUGCGCGGUUCUGGACUGCACCUUCUGCCGCUGGCGGCGCUGCUGGCAUCGGCAGCGGCCGCGUUCUCCUACCGGGGAUAUGAGGUGCACCGACUGGUGGCCACAGAGGAGCAGCUGCCUGCAGUGGCGCGCCUCAGGCACGACGCCAGGCUGGACUUCUGGUCACGGGCGCUGGUGGCUGGCCAGCCAGUAGAUGUGAUGGUGCCACCGAGCCUGAUCCACAGCUUUCACCGGUACCUCGAUCGACACGGCGUUCUGUAUCACUUACUUGUCACAGACGCUGAGGAUGUCCUCCAGAGAGAGAGAGAGCUGAACCACCAGCGGGUGAAGACUGGGACUGCUGUUACUGGCGAAUCACGGAUAUCGUUCACGGAAUACCACCGCUACGACGAGGAGCGACUGUGGAGAAAGACGCGAUCUCCAACAUCUGCUGAAUGCGUAGGAGUGGAUGCGAACAGGAACUUUGACUUCCAUUGGAUGGAGGUAGGUGCUAGUGACGACCCGUGUGCGACUACUUACGCAGGCGCUGAAGUUUUUUCCGAGCCCGAAACGAGGGCUCUGAGGGACUACAUUCUGGCGAACGCCGAUCGCAUCAAGCUUUAUCUGACGUUCCACAGUUAUGGACCUCUGAUACUUUACCCGUGGGGAUACACCACCGAGCCACCUGAAGACUGGGAAACACUGGACACACUGGGGAGAAUCGCCAACGCCGCGCAGGUAGCAGCCGGAGCUCCCAACUACACCGUGGGGACUUUCGCGGGCGCCAUGUACGCAGCCGCCGGCACCAGCGCUGACUGGGCGAAAGCCGUGGGGGGUGUGGCACUAUCGUACACACUGGAGCUUCCAGGGGGCGGCGACGCCGGCUUCGACCCCCCCACGUCCGACAUCAUUGGCAUCGUGACGCCCUUGUUCGAAGCGGUCCGAGCUUUUGGUCAGUACGUCGCUGACAACUUCGGGAGGAGCAGGCUGAGUGGUUGA